AUGUCAACUGAUCAUCAUUCUCAUCCAGUUGAAGGACAUCAAUUCAAAAAAAUCUUUAAUCGAUUAAGUGGACAACCAGAAUCAUAUAGUCGUAAACAAAAUUAUACUUUUGGUAAGACUUUAGGAGCAGGAUCAUUUGGAAUUGUUAGAUAUGCUAGAGAUAAUAGUACUGAUGAAGAAGUAGCUGUGAAAAUAAUUUUGAAAAAAGCUCUUAAAGGUAAUGAAUCAAUGAUUAUUGAUGAAAUGCAAUUAUUAGAACAAUUGAAUAACCCUCAUAUUGUUGGAUUUAGAGAUUGGUUUGAAAGUAAAGAUAAAUUUUAUUUAGUGACUCAAUUAGCCACUGGAGGAGAAUUAUUUGAUCGAAUUGUUCAAAAAGGUCGAUUCACUGAACAUGAUGCUUCAUUAGUAGUACUUCAAAUGUUGGAAGCUUUGGAAUAUUUACAUAAUAAAGAUAUUGUUCAUCGUGAUAUUAAACCCGAAAAUAUAUUAUAUUUAACUUCAAAAGAUGAUUCCCCCAUUGUGUUGGCAGAUUUUGGUAUUGCUAAACGAUUACAAAAUCCUAAUGAAAAAUUGACUUCAUCUGCUGGAUCAUUUGGAUAUGCUGCCCCUGAAGUCAUAUUAGGUACUGGUCAUGGUAAACCUUGUGACAUUUGGUCAUUAGGUGUGGUUACUUAUACUUUAUUAUGUGGAUAUUCUCCAUUUAGAUCAGAAAAUGUUCAAGAUUUCAUUAAUGAAGUGAAACAUAAUAAUGCUGUGAUUUUCCAUGCUGAUUAUUGGAAAGAUGUCUCCAAAGAUGCCAGAAGAUUUAUUAUCAAGGCAUUACAAUUCAACCCUGAUAAUCGCCCUACCGCCACUGAAUUAUUAAAUGAUCCAUGGUUAGUUUCUAUUGCUAAAGAAUAUAAGGAAACCGAUUUAUUACCUAAUUUCAAACAAGGAUUUGAUGCCAAGAAGAAAUUCAGACAAGCAAUUGAAUUGGUGAAAUUGAAUAAUAGAAUUAAGAAAUUGAAAGAAUGGCAAACUGAUGAAGAUGAUGAUCCAACGGAAAUUAAUUUAUUUAAUGAACAUGGUAGUGUUGAGCAAAGAGCAAACCCUUCUACUAAUGAUGGAUUAACUAUUCCUGGUACUACCUCACCACGUCGUGGAGAAUCACCAUUGAAUACAUGGAAGAAAUUUAAUGAUGUUAUCAAUUCUUUAGAUACAAAUCGAUCCAAAGCUUCAUUGUCAUCAUUUAAAUCUCCAUAUGAUCUUGCUCAUUCCAAUAGAGGUACCGAUGUAAGCAACUCUGGUGCUACUAAUGUUGGUAAGAGUGAUACGGCCAGUAGUGCUUUUGUUCAAUUAGUACAUGCAGCAACUGCAAAUAAAGAAAAAGUAGCCAAUUAUACUGAAGAUGAAGAAGGAAAAGAAAAGAAACAAAAAGAUGGUGAUAAAAACUAG